CUGUAAACCAUUUUAGUCCAAUUUUAGUCGACGAUCAGGUGAUUGCGGACUGGUCAAAUAAAAACGUUGCCAAUUGCCGGUCUUUUUUAAUCCACGUGGUUAGUGCGGCUACGUGUACAGUUGAAGGAGUCAAUCCAUUUACGUUUUAGACUUCUUUAGCAAUAACACGUCGUAAAUUAAACUAAGCAUUAAAAAAUCUUAAUUUGUUGUAGAUUUUUGUAGUCGAUUUUAAAUCACCAAUUAAGCUUUGAAGAAAAUAUAUCAAAAUGCCACCGAAUGAAACAGGAGUUUUACACGAAACUGAUAUAGUUGAUACUCAAAAUGUUAAUAUUAAUAAUCAUGAGACGAAACCAAGAGAGUACAAAUACGUUUGGAGGAACAUUAUCUUAUAUAUUUACCUUCACGUUGUCUCUUUUUAUGGGGUUUAUGUUUUGUUUACUUCGGCCAAAUUUUUAACUAUUAUUUUAGGAUUUAUUCUUCUAAACAUGGGAAAUUUGGGAAUAACUUGCGGCGCACAUCGUCUUUGGUCUCACAAAUCGUACAAAGCUAAAACUCCCUUGAAAAUUCUUUUAGUCAUCAUGCAAACUUUAGCUUUUCAGAAUUCUGCUAUUGAAUGGGCUCGUGAUCAUCGCGUUCACCAUAAAUUUAGUGAAACAAAUGCAGAUCCACACAAUGCAACACGUGGCUUCUUCUUUUCGCACGUUGGUUGGCUUUUAACUCGUCGUCAUCCCGAUGUAAAAGAAAAGGGAAAAGGCGUUGAUAUUUCCGAUUUAACAUCGGAUCCAAUUUUAAGAUUCCAACAAAAACAUUAUGUUCCAUUAAUGAUUUUUACCAGUUUUGUCCUUCCAACUGUUCUCCCCAUGUAUUUAUGGAAUGAAGGAUUUGUAAACGCUUGGGUUUUGAAUUUAUUACGUUAUUGUUUAGGUCUUAAUAUUACAUGGUUGGUUAAUUCAGUUGCCCAUAUGUUUGGGGAUAAACCAUACGACAAGUUUAUUAAUCCGGGUGAAAACUUUAGUGUUGCUCUUUUGGCUUUGGGCGAAGGUUGGCAUAAUUAUCAUCACACCUUCCCAUGGGAUUAUAAAACGUCAGAAUUAGGAAAAUACAGCACCAAUAUGUCUACAUUAUUCAUCGAUUUUAUGGCAAAAAUUGGUUGGGCUUACGAUUUAAAAACAGUCUCAGAAGAUAUGAUUAAAAAAAGGGUUAAAAGGACCGGAGAUGGUACCCACAAUCUUUGGGGAUGGACUGAUAAAGAUAUGCCAAAAGAAGAUAUUCAAGAUGCUAUUACUUUGAAUAAAAAGUGUGAUUAGAUUUGUUAUCAGAUAUGAAAAUAAUUAGUAUUCUUAAUUUAUUUUAAAUCAUCCUUAUAAAUAAACAGGUCUUAUUUAUGAAUAAAAGUCAACUAAAUCAAGCUAAAUCAACUUUUUAGUAGUCCCUUAAUGUUCCUAUUCUUA